AGAGAUUUCAACUCCUAUAUCACUCAUUUGUAUUCUUUUAAACAUCAUUGAGCUUAGUGAUAAGUUUUGCAGCUGACGAUGGUAUUCUGCGGUGACGACGUGGCCACAGGGGUGAGAGAUGCUAUCACUUAUUGUUACAGAUGCAAAGGCAGAAAAGUUACAAUUUCCGAUCAAGAAGACGAUGAUGAUAACAAGCCUAUCGGGGAUUUUGUCUACGACCAUGAAGUUGUUUUCGAGAUCAGAAGUCAGGCAAUGGAGAAACUAAGGAAGAAGCGGAGGACAGGAAUGGAGGGGCUAACUUACAAAUUCGUCAAACAAUAUGACAUCGAAAAGGAAGAGGGUAACGAAUUCUGUUCGGUAAGAAGCAGUUUUUCGGAAUGUUGCAUGAGUGAUAUGAGCAUAGAAGGAUAUAUGACGGCGAAAACUGAGUUCUCGAGAAAUUCAAGCUUGAAAGGUUUAGAGCUGGAGAAUCAAUGGAAGAUGCAUUACGUGAAUGAAAUUAGGAAAGGAUCAGUGAUUCAAGAGUUCUGUCAUUGCCAAGGAUGGCCAUUUGGUUUGGGACGAAAAGCUGCGUUGCUUCCACCGCUUCCAAAGUCACCUGCAGAGUCAUGGUCAUGGAGGAAGCCUACAAGAGUUACUCCAAUUCCAUUUGUUUGACAAAAGUAGCUCAAAAUGUUGAAUCAUUAGAAACAAAAGAUCUCUCAUGUAAGGAAACAGUAACAAAUGAAAACAAAGGCCUGUUAAACUUGUUGAAGCUGUGAGUUUAUUUUUCAACUGGUGUUAAGCUCUAAAUUUGAAAGCUUCGUUUGGAGGAAACAAUGAACAAACUCACCUAAU